GUUUCUGAUUUUAAAUCAUGUUGACUUAAUGGGAGAGAUUAAAUUAGAUUUUAAAUUAAAGAAAAUUUAAGAUCAAAAUAAAUUAAUAAUGAAAAUAUAAUUGAUGACGGUUGAGGUGAAACCAAAUGCAAGAUGAACGGCUGAUAUAGCAUUGAUAAAUUCCACGUGUCAAAUUUUUGUUGGCUUAUUGUUUCGGAUUUCUUUCCGAAUUACCAAAUUACCAAAACCAACUGAACCCACUUUCAAAACACAGAAGAAAUCAAAUUAUUCACUCUGCCUCCUCCCGUUUCCCCGCUCCAUCUUCUUCUUCGUCUUCUUCUUCAACCUCCGCCACCUGAAACUGCAGAAAUUCCAGCCAUCGCCAUUCUUUAUGGCUUCCGAUUCCGGUUGCGAUUUUAAAUCCCAUUUGGCCUCUGAAAUCUUCUCCUUCUCCGCUCGUACUGUCUCUUGCGCUCAUCGCCAUUUUAGCCGCCCUUUCUUCGAUUGGUAUCGCCUUCUUGGGGUCGAAGAAGAUGCUGGAAUCGAUUCUAUUCGUAGGAGAUAUCUUAAGCUUGCUCUCCAACUUCAUCCAGACAAAAACCCUCACCCCAAAGCGGAAUUUGCCUUCAAGCUUGUCUCUCAGGGAUAUGCUUGUUUGAGUGAUAAUGUGAAGAGAAGGGCAUUUGAUUUGGAUAGAAUGAAGAAAUUCUGCCCUGAUUGCAACACAAUUCCUUAUACAAACUUGAAUGCCUUGAAUGUAUUGGGAAGCUUUAACAAGAACAACAAACAUGGAGGCGUCAAGAACAUUAAGGAGAGAUUGAGAGAAGAAUCAAAUGUGAUUGAGAAUUGUUUGCUGAAGAACACCAGCAGAUUCCAUCACAUAAACCACAAAGAAUCCCCAAUCUUCAACCCUUCUGAUUAUGUAAGUCAAGGGUACCCUCAUUUUCGAACCCGAAUUCACCCGAAACCGCAGAAUUUUCGGUGUUUUCGAUCGGGGAAUUCGUUGAAGUAUGAACAAGGUAGGGGGAAGUUUGAGUACCCAUUGUUUGAGGUUAGAUCAGAAAGCUUUCAUUUACAGGAACAAUCAGCUUUUGUUUAUUCAAAUGAUAGCAAACCCCAUUGAUUAGAACUCGUUUCUUCCUUCUUUGAGCAACUAAAUUCUUUCUUCCA